AUGUCUCCCACAGGUGUUGCAGUGAUGAUGCUUGCUGGUUUCCUCUUCCUGCUCUUCCUCUCAGAUGGGAUGUGCUCUGAGGACAGCUGCAGUUAUCAGGAUGUUUUAAACUACCUCAACCUGACCAAAACCAAUGAGCAGUACUUCGUGACCCGGCCUGUUAAAAACUACAAAAACCACACACUGGUGCAGCUCGAGGUUCUGAUCUAUGCCAUUCUAGAUGUGGUUGAGAAAGAACAAAAAUUCAUUCCUUAUGUGUGGACUGUCAUGAGGUGGAAAAAUGAAUACAUUUCCUGGGAUCCAGAACAGUUUUGUGGUAUUGAUAAUGUUUCUCUUCCCGCUGAGAUGUUGUGGAAGCCAGAUCUCACUAUUGAAGAAAUGACAGAGAGGGACAAAGCUCCUCCGAGUCCUUAUAUCACUAUCAACAAUGAAGGUGACGUCGAAAUCCACAAUGACCUGGUGCUGGUCAGCACCUGCAGGAUGCACACCUACAAGUUCCCCUUUGACACUCAGAGCUGCAACCUCUCCUUCAAGUCCGUCAUACACACUGUCAGGGACCUUCGGCUCCGUCCAAGCGACGUAUCCUCAGAGGCCACGGAGUGUUCUAAGGAUGUGAUGCGGACCCAGUAUGAAUGGCUGUUCAUCAACAUGAAUGUCACCACAAACAAAGGCAACUUUUCACACGAACAAGACAUCAUCAUUUACACUAUCAACAUGAAGAGGAGGUCGGCCUUCUACAUCGUCAACUUCCUACUCCCGGUCCUGUUCUUCUUGUGUCUGGACUUGGCCUCUUUCAUGAUCUCAAACAGAGGGGGAGAGAAGCUGAGCUUUAAGGUCACUGUGCUGCUCGCUGUCACUGUGAUGCAGCUUAUUCUGAAUGACAUCCUGCCUUCUUCAUCAGACAAAAUCCCACUCAUAGCGGUCUACUGCAUUGGGAUCUUUGCUCUGAUGAUGCUCAGCCUCCUGGAGACGAUUGUGGUGAUGUAUCUGAUGGAGAAAGACUUACACCAAAGCAACAAGGCAGACAAAGACCCACACCUGACUGAGGGCUGUAGGACACAGGGCGAAACCGACUUCCGCAUAUGCCACAGAGAGUUGGACAAUCAGAUGCAGAGUCUGCAUGUCUACGAUGAUGAAAGUCCAUCUGAGCUUCUGUCCGUGACCAAAGAGCACAACACCAGCAAGAUGGUGGAUGAAAAUAGAGCCUUGGAAAAGGUCUCAGAUGAGCUGAGGCAGAUGGAGAAAACACUGACUCUGCUCCUCUACAGCAAGAACAACAGGUUCACGCACGGCUCCUGGACCAGAAUCGCUAAAAGAUUCAACAGGGUUUUUGUUGCUUUCUAUGUCGCAUUGAACUGUGGGUUUUUAACUUUCCUCUUCUUGAAAUGGAGCAGUGACGAGAAUUAA